AUGCCGAUAAUAAUAACAGCUCCUCCAACUCCAAUGCCAACUCCUACUCCGACCGUAACCCCGGCUGCAGAUCCGCCAGGCGGAGUGUUUUCGAUCGUUACAGUUGAGCUGGCUUUUGAAGAUUGUAUCGCCGUCGGACCUUCACUGUUCGAUCUAGAAGUUGGGCUCGGAAGCGUUGAAGUGCUAGUCACCGGAAUCAGAGCAUCGCCAGAACGAGUUACGGAGGAAGCCAACGAGGUUGUUGCCAAGUCGAAUUUCGACCCUCCAUCUCUCCUAACAAUGAUCAUCUUCCAUCGAUACAACCGGCGAAUCAACGAUUCUACUGCUGUUAGCUAG